AUGGCUGAAUUGGCUGCCUUGGCCAACGUGCUCGUCUCGACGCUCUCGCCCGACGCCGCAACCCGCCGCCAGGCAGAGCGCGAGCUCCUCCAGGCGCAGGCUCACCCGUCCUUUGGCCAGCUCAUUCUCCAGCUCGCCCAGGAUGGAACGCAGCAGAAGGCGGUCAGACAGGCAGCUGCACUCAACUUCAAGAACUGGAUCAAGGCGAACUGGGCGGUGGAGGACGCGCCCACCCCGCUCACGACCGCGACCGCCGAGUCCCUCAAGCAGUCCGUCGUUUCCAUCAUGAUCGCCCUGUCUGGCGAGCCUGCGCUGCAGGUGCAAGUAGGAGAGGCGAUCGCGAUCAUGGCAGAGGCGGACUUCCCGGACCAGUGGCAGAACCUGGUUGACCAACUGACGUCGCAACUCACGACGGACAACUUCGUUGUAAACAACGCCGUCCUGCAAACCGCUCAUUCGAUCUUCAGGCGAUGGCGCUCCGAGUUCCGCAGCGACACCCUUUUCCUCGAGAUCAAGUUUGUGCUCGACCGCUUCUGCGAGCCCUACUUGAAGCUCUUCCAGCAAACCGACUCUAUCCUUUCUUCCGGCACCGCCCUCCCCGCAGACCAGCUCACCCUCCUCCUCCGCACGCUCCUUCUCCUUCUCCAACUCUACCACGACCUGAACGCCCAGGACCUCCCCGAAUUCUUCGAGGACCGACUCGGCCAAUUCAUGCCCCUCCUCCUCAAGUACCUCGAGUACUCGCCAGCCGGUGCCGCACCGGCCGACGAGGACGAGGAUGAGGAGGCCGGGGACUUGGAGAGCGCGAAGGCGGAGAUCUGCGAGAUCGCGCAGCUGUACAGCUUGCGGUACCUCGAUGCGUUUGGCGAGGGUGGAUACCUCGGACCGUUUGUCGAGAAGACUUGGGGUCUGUUGACGAAGCUGAGCCCGGCGAUCAAGUACGACACGCUCGUCGCCAAAGCUACCGGCUUCCUCGGUACGGUCGUCAAGAUGCCCUCCCAGCGCACGCUCUUCGACAACCAGCAGACGCUCGAGGCGUUCUGCGAGAAAAUCGUCUUGCCGAACAUGACUCUGCGGACGUUCGAGGAGGAGCUGUUCGAGGACGACCCGGCGGAGUACGUGCGGCGAGACUUGGAGAGUGCGAGCAGUGAGACGAGGCGUCAGGCGGCGAGCGACUUCACCAGGGCGCUCAUGGAGCAGUUCGAGGCGCAGGUUACGCAGAUUGUCACGCAGUACAUCGGCGCGUAUCUCCAGCAAUACGCCUCAUCGCCGCAGGGUCACUGGAAGUCGAAGGACACGGCCAUCUUCCUCCUCACCUCCAUCGCAACCCGUGGCUCGACGCAGCAACAAGGCGUCACUUCGACGAACGCCCUCGUCGAUGUCAUCAAGUUCUUCUCGGACCACGUUCUCGCAGACUUGCAGGCUGCGCCUGGCGCCGUUCACCCCAUUGUGCAGGCCGACGCCAUCAAGUUCCUCUACACCUUCCGGAUGCAGCUCACGAAGGAGCAGCUCCUCUCCGUCCUCCCCCUCCUCAUUCCUCACCUCCAGAACCCUUCCUUCGUGAUCCACACCUACGCCGCCAUCACGAUUGAGCGUAUCCUCUUCAUCAAGCAGAACAACACGUUCCUCUUUGCGCAGGGCGACAUCCGCGACCACGCCGAGGGCAUCUUGCUGGCGCUCUUUAAGAUCAUCGAGAGCGGCACGACGCCUCAGCAGGUUGCGGCGAACGAGCACUUGAUGAAGUCCGCUAUGCGCGUCAUUAUCACGGCACGGCAGUCUGUCGGACCCUACUACUCCACGGUCUUGCAGCACCUUGUCGCCAUCCUCGGCGAGAUCAGCAAGAACCCCUCGAACCCCAAGUUCAACCACUUCACGUUCGAGAGCAUCUCGGCCCUCAUUCGCUUCGUCACAGCCGCCAACCCUUCGUCUCUUUCGACGUUCGAGUCUGCCCUCUUCCCGCCUUUCCACAUCAUUCUUCAGCAGGACGUUUCGGAGUUCACGCCCUUCGUCUUCCAAAUCCUUUCGCAACUCCUCGAACUCCACCCUACAUCGUCCGAUCUCCCCGACUCGUACAAGGUCCUCCUCCCUCCCCUCCUUACGCCGACGCUCUGGGAGAGCCGAGGAAACAUUCCUGCUCUCGUUCGGCUCUUGCGAGCGUUCCUUGGCCGAGGCGCACAGCAGAUUGUCGCUGCCGGCCAGGUCACGCCAAUGCUCGGCAUCUUCCAGCACCUCAUCCAGAGCAAGGCGAACGACCAGCACGGCUUCGAGCUCCUUGAGGCGUUGAUCGAGUACCUCCCGAUCUCCAGCAUCCAGCAGUACAUGUCUACCCCGAUCUUCGUCCUGCUCCUGACUCGCCUGCAAGCCUCGAAGACCGACAAGUUCUCGCAAGGCCUCCUCAAGUUCAUCUGCUUCGCCGCCGCGGUUCAGAAGAGCGAUCUCAACCCCGACAUGGUCGUCGGCUUCCUCGAUGGCGUCCAGCCUCAGCCUGGUCUUUUCGCUCAGGUUCUUCCCGUCCUCCUGCCUGAGGUCCAGAAGGCCCCGACCAAGGACCGCAAGCUCGUCGCCGUCGGUCUCGCCAACUUGCUUACGAAGAGCCCGAAGAUGCUCAACGAGCCGCACGUCCGCGCUUGGACUCCCACCAUGGAGGCGCUUCUCAAGCUUUUCGCCCUCCCGCUCCCAAUCAGCAAGACGACGUCGGCCGCGGAUGGCGACGAGGUCAACAUCGUCGAUCCCGAGGACGUCGGCUACCAGGCGUCGUUCUCGAAGCUCGGCGCAAGCGAGAAGCCCCGAGAGGACCCGGUCGCCUACGUCCAGGACCCGAAGGACCACCUUGCGAAGGGCCUGGCGGAGGCGAGCAAGGCGCAGCCCGGCAAGAUCCCGGCGCUCUUGCAAGGCGUCAACCCCGAGUACGCGACGCCCUUCGCUCAGUACCUCCAGCAAAACGGCAUUCAGCUCGCCUAA